AUGGGUAAAAUCAAUAAUGACGAUUUAACCCUUCGAGCACUCGUGUCAACAAAAGAAGCAGGUGUCAUUAUUGGAAAAGGUGGAAGUAAUGUAGCAAAAAUAAGAGAAUCAACUGGUGUAAAAGCAGGUGUCUCUAAAUCAGUUCAAGGUAUACCAGAUCGUGUGUUGACUAUUAGUGGCACUUUACAAGGUGUUGCCAAAGCCUACUCACUGAUUGCAAACACAUUAUCCCAGACACUGCCUGCUAAUAAUAUGCACAUGAUUCAUCUUCGUCUAUUGGUAUCUCAUAACUUGAUGGGCUCCGUCAUUGGUCGACAAGGUGUUAAAAUCAAGCAGAUUCAAGAUACUUGGGGAGUUCGUAUGGUAGCAUCAAAGACAUUGCUGCCUCAGAGCACAGAGCGUAUUAUAGAGAUCAAGGGUACUGUCGAUGGCAUCUACAGCGCCAUUUUGGAUAUGGGGCGUUGUCUGAUGGAGGAUAAAGACAGAGCAUAUGGCACUAUUCUAUAUAAUCCCAUAAAGGCUAGUCAAGUUGCUCAGAAUACUGCUACUACUGUUACAGCUGCUACUACCAACACUAAUACUACUACUACUACUGCACCACAGAAUAACAAUUAUUCACCAUCUUCAUCAAAACAUCAACAACAACAACAACCAGCAGUAAGGUUGGAUGAUCCAGCAAUACGUACUCAAAACAUUUCUAUUCCAGCAGAUAUGGUAGGGUGUAUCAUCGGAAAGGGUGGUGCCAAGAUUGCAGAAAUACGUAGACUUUCAGGAUCUCGAAUUUCGAUCGCAAAGAUGCCCCAUGACGAGACUGGAGAAAGGAUGUUUACGAUUCAAGGAACUCCCGAAGCAAAUGAACGUGCACUUUACUUACUUUAUGAACAACUUGAAAACGAAAAGGAACGUCGACUUCGAAGUGUCUUGUCGGAUAACUUGAUUGAAAAUGAACCAGUAUCUUCUUUGCGCUCGUAA